AGAACUGCAUCUUCAGACAAAUUCUGCAACUCGAUAGUGCAUUCCUUAAGAAAGGGAAAACAACAAGAGACAAAAUGAACCCAGUGAUUUUAAGUGUUGUGAUCGCGCUUUUGGCGCCACAAGUGAUGGCGAUUUCGUUUUGCCCAAACCGGUGCGUGUGCGAUGAUAUCAAACUGCACGUGUCUUGCGGCGAAGGCGAGUUGGACGUGCUACCGAUCGCGCUUAAUCCGGCCAUCCAGCGACUGGUGAUCAAGUUCAACCAGAUUAAGGCGAUCGAUUCGUCGAUCCAGUUUUACACCGAUCUGACAAUGUUGGACUUGAGCUACAAUCAUCUGAUCGGAGUUCCGGAACGUAUUUUUGUGUAUCAGAAGCGGCUGCUGCAGUUACAUUUGAACAACAAUAAAAUCGGCACGAUCAACAACAAGACCUUCCACGGGAUGGAAGAACUGCGAGUGUUGAAUCUGCGUGGGAAUUUUAUCGGAGAGCUGACUGCUGAGAUGUUCAAAUCUCUACCAAAAUUAGAGGAAGUGAAUCUGGGUCAAAAUCGCAUCGAGCAAAUCGAUUCGAAAACAUUUGAAGGAUUAACCAGUUUGAGAAUCCUGCAUUUGAACGACAAUGCGUUGAACAUUAUACCGACGCUUUCAUUCCGACCGUUGAAAAUGCUUGCUGAACUGUUUCUGGGCACCAACGUUCUGAGUCAGAUCCAACCGGGAGUCUUUGAAGGACUAAAUCAACUUAGACGGUUGGACGUCCGUGGAUCAAUGCUGACGAAUAUCACGCUCGACACUUUCCGCGGUCUGGAGAAUAUUCGAUUGUUGGAUAUCUCAGACAAUCAUCUGCUGCUGGUUCCCACGGUUCAGCUGAGUGGACUGAAGCGAUUGGAGGAGCUAAAAAUCGGACAAAAUGAUUUUGAAGUUAUUCCGGAGGGAGCUUUCUUCGGUUUGUCGAAUCUGAGAAAAAUCGAUAUCUCGGGAGCGUUAAAUUUGAACCGUAUACAGGCGGGUGCAUUUUCGGCCAACACCAAUCUGGACACGAUCGUGAUCGCUUCAAACAAAAUAUUAACCGACAUCGAGGAAGGUGCAUUUUCCGGUCUACCGCACAUUGAAAAUGUGAUUCUGCGUGACAAUGCGAUUCGCACCGUUCGCGAGGAACUGUUGCCGUGGAAGCAGCUGAAGAGUUUUGAUCUGUCGGAUAAUCCGCUGGUAUGCAACUGUCAUCUUCGAUGGCUUAGAAACCUGUUGCGUCAAAAACCGAUCGAAACUGAGCAGAGUGAAAUCCUAUGUGAAUAUCCGGAACGUUUGAGUGGAGAAGCUUUACGUGAAAUCAAUUCGGAACUACUAGGAUGCCAUCAGCAUCAAUCGAAGGAGCGUGCCGUUUUCGGAGCAGUCUUGGUAGCAUCAGCAGCUUCUUUGACGUCGUUAAUUCUAGUGGCCUACCGGCUCCGUCACUAUCUAGUUGAUCUGCUUGGUCCUAACUGGCACAACAGACGUAACAGCCUCAAGGAAGAGAAGGACCUGGAAUUCGGCAAAUGUUUCGAUGAAAUUGAGUACCAUCAGCCAAAUUUCAACAUCUACAGCUACGAGUAUCAGCAUUCAUUUCCGCAACACACGGGCUCGUGUCCUCAGCAUAGUUUCCAGCAUCAUAUCUACGAAACUCCAAUUCCAGUAUCAGAUUUGUGAACCACUGGAACACACUCAAGGAUCCAGAUGGGGAUUGAAAUCGACUCACGAGGGGAUCGCUCCUGCAUCCUAGGCUGAUCCUGGUCACGAAUGAAACAGAAUAUCCUUCAGGGUCUACGUCAAAUUGCAUGCUUGACAACAGUUUUCGACACGUCAGUAAAAGGGAAAAACUUUGAAUGUUAUAGAAGCAGAAGCUUGACAUUGUCGGUAGGAAUCCGCAGGAACAUCAAAGCUCGAAUUUGAAUUCAAUUAUUUACUUAGCUCUGUAUGUGUGCUGCCGUCUCCG